CGGAACAAAAUACAAGUGUGCGUUAUUUUGUGAAGUAAACAAUCGUAAUUUAUAAUUAUAUUUUGUAUUAUUACGUAAUGUGUUAUGUGAUUUCAAUAAUUAUGUACUAAAUCUCAAAAGCAGUCUACAAAGAAAUGGGUAGAUCGAAGUUGAAGAAGAAAAAUAAAUGGACGAAGAAUUUGCCGUCCGAGCCCACGGAUUCGGGGAUUCCCAUACCGAAUUUACCAGAAAAGUUCCUUUUGAUGCGAGUAAAAAGCGGGACGAAAAUCAGAAAUGUUCUUGGAUACGCGUUAAAAGAAUUCGAGAAUUAUAAUAGCGUGGUUUGGACCGCGGCAGGCCAUGGUAUUGGUAAAGCCAUUUCCUGCGCGGAACUUUUCAAGAGGAAACACGAAGGUCUUCACCAAAUCACCAAGUUACGUUACGUAGAGUCGGAAAAAUCUAAAGCGAAAAAUGAAGCCGAUGUGAACGUAGAUAUAGACAUUCGCCACGUACCGGAAAUACAUAUUUUUCUUGCAAAGGAAAUAACGGAUACAUCAGAACCUGGUUAUCAGGCACCUGGGAAUAAUGGGGAAUUUUUAAAUAAUCAAGGAACGAAAAAUGGCAAAAAGGGUAAGAAACAUGACACUGGUAACAAUGUGACCUGCAUUGAUGCUGAGGAAUUCGCAGCUAUGGGAUUAAGGACCGGUCAGAAGAGACCAAAGAAAGAACAGCAAACAGAAGCGCCACGAAAAAAGAGUAAGAAAAAAGGAAACGGUGAUCGAUAA